AUGGAAGAGACACUUCUACCAAAACCAAAAGUAGAAAAAAUUAUUACUCAUACUGAAGAUGAAAUAUCAAAAGGUGAAAUUUGUGAACAAAUUGAUACAAGACCACCAACUCCUCAAAAAGCUCAACUUGCAUAUUAUAGACCAUUUGUACCUGAUCCCGUAGAUGAACAAACAAUAGGAAAUCCUGAACGUGGUCAAAUAGAAUAUCAUGAUGCAAGUGAAAUAAGUUCACCAAAUUAUGCUGAAAGUCAUUCAUUACCAAGACCACCUUCAAGAAAAGCUGAUGCUAUGUUUUACAGACCUGGUAUUGAUAAUGUUCCUUCCUAUUAA